CAGGCUCCUCCCCAUGAACUUUGUAUUUGAACUUUCUUUGUGUCUGCUGAGCAUUCAGACUUUCACUCCUUCUCAUCUCAGCCAGGGACAGAUCAUCAUAGAAAUAUGUUUAAUGCCUGGAUGUUAUUGUUUCCCCUGCUGUUAGGGACAAGUUCAUUCAUGAUCCACAACACCCAGCACAGCUUGUGUCUGGAAGAUUCAGCAGCUACAGGUGAAGUCCUGCUGAAGAAGUGUAACUUGGAGUCAGAGUCUCAGCAGUGGAUGUGGAUCAGUCAGGGCAUGCUGAUGUGUGUUGCAUCAUCCAGAUGUUUGUCAGCCAUGCAGAGAGAGCCUCUCCAGACCCAGGCCUGUUGGGGCCCAAAAGUGGAGGCUGCAGCACUAAUGUGGGAUUGUGACAACAACAGACUGAUCAGCAGAAACACAUCUAUGCUGCUGUCAAUAGAUGGUCAGCAACUGGUUUUCACACAUGAGAGCAAACACUCAAAGUGGAGAUCUCUGGAUGAGGGGGACAUCUGCCAGGAAAAACUGAGGUCCAGGAGGGAGUCCAAAGAUCUUGAGGAGUUUGAGGCUGCAGGGGAGCAGACAGGCAAAAUGGCAGCCUUGACAAAGGAACAGAGAGAGUACCUACAAUGGUACUAUCGCACAGAGGACCCGACUACAUGGAAGUUUGUGCUGCUGGGACUGGCAUUCAUCUGCCUUCUUGUUGGCUUUCUGCUGUUGGGAAUGGGAGCCAUGGCUAACAAGAACAGAAAAGAGAUUGCAAAAUACAAGGCAGUAGCAGCAGCUAUGACUCAGAAGAGUGAGGGUGAGGAGCUGCUGGUCAUUUCACCACUUGGAGAUGACAGCAACAGCAAACCAUCUCCAUCACUUGACAGACCCCUGCAGGGAAACAAAGCCUCCCCGUUCAACGGGGAGGUGAGUGAGCUCAAAGCAGGAAACAUAGUGGUCACAUGGAAGGAUGGAAACACUUCAUGUUUGUACUCGGAUCCUGCGGAUGAUGAGUUCAAACAGGUAGAGGUGCCAGCUGUUCAGCUGGAGGUUGAUGAGGCAGUGAAGACAAUGGAGUGAAGACGCCACAUUACAGAUGCUCUCUGCUUGUGCCACAGUGUUACCAUGCUCCUCUGGACUUUUUUGUUAAGACUUGUUAGCAGCUUUCAUCACAAACAGUUUAACCUUUCACCACCCACUCCUCAACU